AUGACGCGAAGCCGUAUUAACUUACAAGAGCGCACACUGGAUGUUCUGAAUGCGAUAUUACCUAAUCCUGACAGUCAGCAGGCGGCACACAAAGAACUUUAUGGGAGAUGCGAUGGAUCUUCAUCUAGUACAAGGCGUAUGGAGACGGCCGGUAUGCUGUGGCCUGACAGACGUGAAGAUAAGAGAGACAGAAGCCCGGCGCAAAAUGAGAAUAUUGAUAUUCUCAUAGCGCACUACACAGGUCUUAACAUAUCACGAUUGGGAGCCUAUGUUCUUGCUGUGUCCAUCAGCUCGGGAAAAUCAAUGUCUGUUCGAAAUCAUGAUUACAGGCGAUCCCUGGCAGUCAACCCCCACUCACCACUGACGAUUUCUAUCAUGAUUGUCCAUGUUUCCUGGACCACAACUAGGUCGGCCUUUGCCGACUGGUCACCGAUCACCCCGACUUCGCCGAUGUGGGAUCAUUAUUCAAGAUAA